CUGGUUUGGGUUCAGUUUUUCCCACCCUUGUUAUACUUCUUCAUAAUUCCUGUAAGAUCCUAUCUCCUAUCUGCGUCUUCACUCGUCAAUCAAAAGUACUGAAGAAUCGGCAUCGACAUUUCUCUCCUGUCUUCGCCGAUAAAUGGCGCGCCCAACCAGCUCUCAGCCUACCUUCUCCUCCAAUUCUCGUCCCGGCACGGUGGCACCGCGAGGAUCGGCUGCCGCCACAGCUGGAAUGCGCCGCCGAAGGAUCGGAGGGACGUCCUCUGCCGGAUCCGGAGCGGGAGCUUCCGGAAACUCAAGCAACAUGCUCAGAUUCUACACGGAUGACGCUCCAGGUCUCAAGGUGGGCCCGACCGUCGUCCUCAUCAUGAGCAUCUGUUUCAUUGGAUUCGUCACUGCUCUGCACGUCUUCGGCAAGUUCUACCGCUAUAGAUCCGGCGGCGAAGCCUGAUUCCCGUCUCUAAAUCGCAAUUCUAGGAUCAAUUAUGGCGGAGCAACAUGACUGCGGGUGACAUUCAAAGCGUGGCAGGGAACGACUUGUUUAAAUUCUGGAAAACUAGUUGAGCACUAGCCACAACUUUAUGAAUAUGAUGACUGCCUAAAAAGAGUUUCCGCACAUCACCAGCCACAUCCAGAGCAACCACGUCCCAACAUGCCCUAAAAAGACCAGGAUACCAAUUACCAAUCACGCACUAGUGCACUGCAAGGGUUAAGCUGCCAAACAGACUGCUCGAUCUCUUCUAUUUGAGGCAUCUGCAGAAGACGAGCACUGUCAAAAUUGUCAACAACAUUAGGAAUAUGUUCUAGGAACUCCUUUGGGGCAGAAGUGUCUUAAUGUUGGAAAAGUUCAAAGUAAUAUCUUGUAGCCUCCUUUUUAAUAUCUUGAGGAAAAGAAUGCCAAGAUCCAGAUGCAUCUUUAGUAGUGCAAAUAGCCAGCCUACGCGGCUUUUCUUUACCAGAUGCUUGAACAAAAUUAGUACAUGCAUCGCGUUCUUUAAUAGAGGUAAUAUUGGUAGUUUGUUGCCAAAAAGUUUCUUGCUUAAGUCUCUUGCAUAACUCAGCCUGUUUUGUGUGACUGAUCUUGUCAAGAUUAAAAGGAUCUUCUUCAUAACUGUUCUCAGCCUGUAACGCUACCAUCUCAGC